AUGUCGAAGCCUUUGCUGGACAAGACUCUGUUCAAGAAGACGCUGGAUGUCGUUGGCGUGCGCGUGGAGGCCAAGAAGAUCGGCCGCGUCGUGAAGAAGCUCCACGGCCAUUUACUGAACCUGCCACGUCUGCGCAAUGUGGUGCCGGACCCGACCAACCCGGACCCGUACAAGAACUCGAGUAGCAAACUUAUUCUGCUCAAUUCCAAAGUAAAGGACAUGGAGACGCUGCAACCACUCAACGAAGACCUGGUAGCCUUUUUAAAAGAGGAGAGCCUGGCCUUCGUAAGCCACGCCAUCGAGCUGGACUACAGCUACUUUGCAGUGGACCAGGUGCUCAGUGAGCUUCUACCCAAGGGUAUGGACAUCCCCAGCUCCUUCGAGACUGUCGGACACAUCGCACACCUGAACUUACGCGACAACCAAUUGCCCUUUAAAAACGUGAUUGGACAAGUUAUUCUGGACAAGAACGCACAGAUCCGCACGGUCGUCAACAAAACGGACAACAUCGAGACCAAAUUCCGCACUUUUCCCAUGGAAGUGCUGGCCGGUGACGACGAUAUGGAGGUCGAGGUGCAUGAGAGCAAAGCCUCGUUCCGCUUUAACUAUGCAGAGGUGUAUUGGAACUCGCGUCUGCAGCAGGAACACUUGCGUAUCAUCCGUCAGAUCAAGCCACACGACGUCGUGUGCGAUAUGAUGUGCGGCAUCGGCCCGUUCGCCGUCCCCGUGGCGCUCAACGGCAGUAAAGUGUACGCAAACGACCUGAAUCCUCGUAGCUAUCACUAUCUGAAGGAGAAUAUCGCACUUAACAAGGUGGAGAAGCUCGUCACGGCCUACAAUCUCGACGGUCGGGACUUCCUGGCCAAGUUACUGAGUGAGAAGAAGCAGUUCACGCAGGUUCUCAUGAACUUGCCGGCGAUUGCGCUGGAGUUCCUCGACGCGUUCCCGGGACAGUUCGACCACUGGGAAGGCGAACUCCCGUUUGUUCAUUGCUACUGCUUCUCCAACGCGGACGACGUCAAGCAGGACGUCAAGCAGCGUGCUGAGAAGAUCAUGGGCGGAGAAUUGGACCCGGAGCGGACGUCGUUCCAUCUGGUGCGCGACGUGGCCCCCAAGAAGGUCAUGGUGUGCAUCUCCUUCCAGCUGCCCGAGUCUAUCGCGUUCAGCUCGGAGCGUCAGGCGUCGAAGCAGGACGACCCGAAGCGGAGAAAGGUGGCGGCUGAGAACGCAGCUUAG